GGUAAAUUCCAUUCCCUGUUUCGUUCGAGGUGUUUUCAAAUUCGAAUACCUUUCGUUCGGACUGUUUUGUUUUCGAACAUCUUUCAUUCGAAUCAAACCAAACGUCAAACCCACUUUGUUUAUGAAGGAGUGAAUAAUUUCCGCAGCGGAUGAGCGGUGAACUGCAAAAAUGGAAAAAAACAAAAACAAAACAACCACUAAAAAUCAGUUCGAGCGGAUUGUGCUGCUUCUGGAGCAAGAGCCGGACAUAGCAAAGGGUUUCUCCCGAGGAAAUUCCGGACCCUUCUGGGAUGAUCUGGCGGCAGAAGUCAAUAGUUUGGGACCGCCUAUUCGCGAUGGAAGUGGAUGGAAAAAGGUUUGGGCGGACUAUAAGUCCGGAUUAAAGCGAAAACUCGCUCACAACAAACGGGAGCAGAGGGCGACAGGUGGAGGACCCAAUAAAAUUAUCAAUUUGUCCGAGCUGGAGGAGCAGGCAGUUCUACUAACUGGGUUACUUGCGACCGUGGAAGGAAUCCCGGGUACCUCAUCUCAUGGAACACAGUUGGGUUCGCCUUCGGGUGAACCUCAAGCUGCAGACCAGGAAAAUUUUAUAUAUUAUGGUACUUCCGACGACGGUAUCAAUAAUACCAUUCACUUCCAGCCCUCUCAGCCGAAAAAAUCCAGACCUUCUACCACGAGGCUAUUAGAGCUGCAAGUCGAGCAACAAAACAAAUUUCACACCAAUGUGAAAUCCCUGUUAAAAAACACAAACAAGAAUUUGAGUGAUCUGGUUCAUUAUCAGCGCCAAUCAGCUCGAGCGAUUCUUUCCGUGGAUGCCACACUCAAAGAACAUCUGAGUGAACAAAAACGACAUAACCACGAGAUGGAGAAGAUCGCGCUGGAGAAAUCAAUAGUCAAGCGACAAAUCCUUGAAACGCAGAUUGCGUAUAUUUCAGAACAUUAGAAUAAUGUUUCAAAAUAUCAGUGAUCUGAUUUUUUAUCUUUAUAUUGUAACUCAAGUAUAAAAAAAUGAAAAGAGUUCUAAUCGUAUUUUUAUAUCUUUCCAUGGAAGAAAAAUCUUACUUAAUUUUUUCUUUGAAGUUUGUUUGGAAUAGCAUCAAAAUUAUAUAAACUUUUUUAAAAUUCACGAAUUUCGCCUAUAGUUUAUGGAACUUCCUUAACCCCUUCACGUACAACAUUGAACUUCACUCGUUGUUUCUCGAUGUGAAAUAAUUACAUAGCUUCAGGCAUAUGAUGAGGAUACCGACAACUGAAGAUUAUCAAAUUUCCGUUAUUUAAAAAAAAAAUUGAAUGAGCUAAAAAUAUAAAAUAUAAUU